UUUCAUGUGAAUGACAUGGGUCUCUCUAAAUCUCCUCCAGAUGGUCCAAAGCUUCCCUCUGUGUCAGUGAGUCCCUCUGCUGAGAUAGUGGAGGGCAGUUCAGUGAAUCUGACCUGUAGCAGUGAUGCUAACCCAGCAGCUAACUACACCUGGUACAAGGAGAAUGAAGACUCACCAAAAGCAUCAGGACAGAUCUUCACCAUCACUGACUUCAGAGCUGAACACAGUGGGAAUUAUUACUGUGAAGCCCAGAACAGAAGAGGACGUCAGAACUCCACCUUACAUCUGAUUGUUGUAGCAGGGAGUUCAACAAUGAUAAUGAAUAUCAUCAGGCUGACUGUGGUGGUCCUGAUGCUGAUUCCUCUGCUGCUCCUGAGUCUGUGGGCGAGGAAGAAGAAAACUCUGAGCUCCACCACUGGACCACAUGAACCUGAAGAGAUAGAGUUAGACUCUCGUCCUGCGUAUGAGAACAUCUCAGACACUGCAGCAGACAGAAGACCCAGAGGAGCAGGAAGACCUGGUGUGAAGUCCAGUCAGAUGCAGUAGAACCAGAGGCAGGACUCACCUGAUGGAAACAAAGUAGUACGACAUUGAAAUAUCCCUGAGGAGAGCGAGGCUGUGGAGGAUGUGGGGGAAGUGGAUACAUUUACCUUCAACUCCAGAAGAUGUUAUUGUCAGUUUAGAGUAGCAGCAGCAGGUAGGAGUCAGCAGCAGCAUGUAGCAGAACGUUUAGAAGAAUGUGGUGUUGGCAGCUUGAACUGAAUCAUGUCGAGGUGUCAAACAUGACUUAUUGUUCAGAUCAGCUGAUCAGGUACUGUGUGACUUACUGAUGUAUAUGAAAGCUUAUUUUCUACUGUAGAGUUAGUUUUAGGCCAUGUUAUGUUUAAGACUAGGAAGGAUGCACUUCAUUUAGCGAUGAAAAUGAUUUGAUUUUGUAUGUGUAUCUUAAAAAUGUAAUUAUUUAUACCUUAUUAGGUUCAUCUGAAAAUGUUUUGAUAUGGGGAUUUAGAUAAAGACCCAUUGGGGGGGUUGGAAGGGUUAAGGGGGAGAAA